GAUCCUCCAGACUCCGGAACACGCAGAGCCACAUUCUCUCGAGAGUUUCUUUUCUGGCUUUUAUUUGCAGCCUCUCUUUUGAACUAGAACUGUAAUAGCAAUCAGCGAAAUCUAAUAUUUCCAUCACAAUGGCUGCAGUUCCUGGUCCCGUUUACGGCCUUGAGGUCCCGGCUGGGGAGAUCUUGAUCCCGGCCAACUUGGAAUUCCCUGCUUCUUUCCGUAUCACCAUGGCCGCUUUGGACCCUAAUGCGGAGCCCGAUGUUGAUGAUUCCAAGAAUGCCCCCUCCAUCCCUCGGUCAACUCUGCGUCUGGUCAAGCGCGCUUUCUCCAGCUACGAGGACGAGUACAACGAGGACGAGGACGAUGAGCUCAGCGAGGAAUACAUGAGUGCUCUUCUCGGAGGCUCUGAUGACGAGGAUGAAGAGGCCAAUGGUGGCCCUAGCGACCUCUCCAAGGCUAAGAAGCAGAAGCAGGCCGCUGCCAUCAAGAAGCUUCUGGAGGCUGCCAAUGGCGUUGGCUCUGAUGACGAGGAGAUGGAGGAUGCUGAGGCCAAGCCCAAGAAGGGCAAGAAGGCUGCCCCCAGCGCCAAGGGCAAGGGCAAGGCUGUUGUGGAAGAGGAAGAAGACUCUGAGGAGGAGGAGGAUGAGGAGGACGAGGACGACGACAGCGAGGCAGGCGAUCUUGAGAACUUUGUUGUCUGCACUCUCGAUACUGAGCGGAACUACCAGCAGCCUCUGGAUAUCACUGUUAACCAAGGCGAGAAGGUCUUCUUUGUUGUCUCAGGCACACACACUGUUUACCUCACUGGCAACUACAUCAUGGACGAUAUGGAGGGAGACGAAGAUGAGGAUGAAGAUGACUACGACCUGUCUCCUGACGAGCUGGAAUACGGCCUGGGUGAGGAUGAUAGCGAAGAGGAGAGCGACGACCUCGACGAUCUUGAGGAUCCUCGUGUCGCCGAGAUCGAGUCCGACGAGGAAGUCCCCAAGCUGGUUCCUACCGACAGCAAGAAGGGCAAGAACAAGCGUUCUGCCGAAGAAGCCGAGGGCCUUGACGAGCUGAUCUCCAAGGCUUCCGAGUCCAAGCUCUCCAAGAAGCAGCAGAAGAAGCUCAAGAACAACAAGGGUGAGGCUGUUGCCGCUGAGGAGAAGGAUGAGGCCAAGAAGGACGCCAAGAAGGUCCAAUUCGCCAAGAACCUCGAGCAGGGCCCCACUGGAUCAACCAAGCCGGCCGGCAAGUCUUCUCUCGGCGUCAAGAAUGUCCAGGGUGUUACCGUUGAUGACCGCACAAUCGGCAAGGGCCGCACCGUCAAGAACGGCGACACCGUUGGUGUCCGCUACAUUGGAAAGCUCCAGAACGGACAGCAGUUUGAUGCCAACAAGAAGGGCAAGCCCUUCUCUUUCAAGAUCGGCAGGGGCCAGGUCAUUAAGGGCUGGGACGUCGGUAUUGUCGGCAUGGCUAUCGGCGGUGAACGACGACUGACCAUCCCUGCUCACCUGGCUUACGGCUCUAAGAGCUUGCCUGGCAUUCCUGCCAACAGCCAGCUGACUUUCGAUGUCAAGCUCCUGGAGAUCAAAUAAGUCAAGAACCAAAAGUCGAUUUUAAACUUGGGACCGGCGUUGGAUGAUUUCUGCGGCUGCGUAUAUUAAUUCUUCAUCUCUACCCGAAACUGGACAUGGUUCAAUAUAAUUUGGCGUUUCCUUUCAACUGCCGCUCGAGGACAAAAGCGCCUGGAGCCGUAGGCUGGUGCAAGAGGCGUGAGGGAUUGUGCGAUGUCACACCCGAUAUGGCAUGCGAGUCCAGGUGUGAUUAACAUGGGUGAUGAUCUGGGAUUGUUUGAAAGAUGGGAGCAUUAUGCGAAAUGGGCAAAUGCUAGUCCUUGCAUUAUAUAUUGCAGCCGUCACUAAAAGAAUUGGGACGGCUCUGCUAUGGUUCGAUGAAGGCGAUUUAGACGUCUAUACAGUACAAUAUAUCACUAUAACAUCAUCAACAAGCUUCUUGUUGCCAUUGUCUCUUGCCUUUCUCAUAGUUAAAUCGUUCAUGUAUCUAUGACCUAGAAAGAGAGAGAACUGCUGAAAUCUCUAGAUGCGAGCUCUCUUAUCGAUCUGGCUUUUUGAUAUAGGUAAGCUGCGAAAAGAGCGAUCGACAAAUUCCCGUAAACACGGAAAGAGCGUGUGAUGGAUGGACAGCUCCUUAUUUAGUCCCCUGCCGCUCUCUUCUCACACUUUCAACUCUCUUCAUCUUCUAUUCUCUCCUUUUCUUCCCACCGCGUCUCCCGUCAAUAUUUGCGACGCCGGUUCUCGUUCAUUCAUUAAAUGCUAGAUUUUAUAUCAACAAG